UCGAACCCUUCUCCCAAAACCGUGCCCUCUUUCGCCAUUUCACACCACGCUCGUUCCUCCCUCCCCCUCUCUGUCUUCCUGCAUGCUCCAGCUCUUUGUAUUUCUUUGAAAAUCUCUGGCCUUUCGUUCUCCGAAAACGCAUUUCCAAAAACCCUUUUCAAACUCCGUUUCCGUCUCCAAAACCCAGUUUUUCGUUUCUGAAAACGGUCGGAAAACAAAACCCAAGACCCUGUAGGCAUUGAAGCAUUUGAAGAGUUCGAUUCGGAAACAGAUACAGAAACCCUUCAGAAAUCCGAGUGUUUUCCUCAAAAGGUAGGAAAGACACCAUUUCUUCCUCCGGCGGGUUGUCUUGUCGACGUCGUCGUUCUGUUCGCUUGAGAUUUACGUUACAAUGAAGAGAAACUGAAACUGAUCGCAUUUUCUCGUGAUAUUUCUAAGGUCUGUUGAAUUGUAUUUUACGCGAGAUAUUGUGUGGUUGACCAGUUAGUGGUCAAAGCAAGGCUUGGUUUAUGAUUAAUGACAUGAUUAAUUACUGGUUUGGGGCCUUUUUUGCCCAUGAUUAUAGGGUUAGGUUCUGCUAAAGUGUUUGCAGGACCAGAAUAGUGGUCCUGGAAAACCACCCCUUCCCUCUUUUCUCUGUGUUUCCAUACUUUGCAUUUGUGAUAUGGUUUCUGUGUUUGCCAAUGACUUUGCUUUGCUAUAUCUGUGUGGGACCCCCACCCUUUUGCUUUUACAAAUCUUAUUGCUAAGAAUAGUAAGAGAUUUGUGGUGUCCAGCUUGUGGGGUUCAAUGCAAGAUCUAUAAUCUUUUGUUCAACACUCAUUUGAGGUCUUUUAGAGUUCAUGUUAAGAUUAGCAUGUCAAUAUUUGGUAGUGCUAUUUGUUACCACAUUUACUGAUCCACUUACUAAUUACUGUCUUUCGUUAAGUGGGGUUUCCGCGAAACCCACUUUUGCGAGCGGAUCUCAGCUGUGAGAGAUGAGGUUGGCAAUGUAAUCAGUAAUGUGAUAGUGUGACAACGACACUUGUUAUUUGAACUCGGUCAAUUAAAUUAGAAACAUGGUUAAGUGUGGCAUUGAAAUUUUGAGAUUUGUGGAAACCUGUAUAUGUAUAAUCUAACUUAACCUAUAUUUGUUUAAUCUUUGUAAUCUAGCUUCUUUUUAACAUUAGAAACAUUUAUGGGUUAAUGCAAUGAGUCACAAACCCUAGACGUGUGGGGUAGGAAUGCAAAAAAGGAAAGGAAUCCGGAUCUCUUCCAUCUAAUCUUCCUCAUCAAACUCAUCAAACAAUCUGGUCUUGAAAUUUGAUACAACGGUUAAAGUUCUUAUAAUUUUCAAAGUGGGCUCAUGUUUUUAACUAUUGGAUUAAAUUUCAAGGACCCGGAUUGUUUGAUGAGGAGGAUGAGAUGGAGGGAUCUAGAGGAUCCCUUUCCUGCCAAAAAAAAAAAAAAAAAAAAAAAAUGGAGGGAGACGAGGUUUGUGAGUCACAAACCCUAGACGUGUGGGGUAGGAAUGCAAAAAAAUGGAGGGAGACGAGGUUUGUCAGUAUACGGGGAGCAGGAAAAAUGUGGCAGUGGGAAUCAAAUAUUUGCCCGUUGGAUUACAAUAAUAAUCUGCAUGUCAUGUACAAUCUGGCUCAGAUCUCUAUGAGUUUUUUCUGUGCCAUGAAGUGUUAUCCAGUGGGGGUGAUUGUGUAAUUUCAUGUUCUUACAUGGUAAUGGUCUGAUGCAUUUGGGGGUGGUUGGAGGGCAAUGAAAAGAAUCCACCGCUUUUGGGUGUACUAAAAACCAUGAUUGCGGAUUGUGGAUUGUGGUGUAGAUGAUCCAAAAUUCCUAAUAAGAUUAUCACUAUGAUGGGUCCCACGAAUUUCAGAUUUUCUGGUUUUGCAGAGAUUACUCUUUAGGACCUCACUGUUGUUCUAAGUGGGGUGCCUAAGGGAAUCCUAGGGUGGAUGCCCUUUGUUUUAUUUUGUAUAUCGAGCUCGGGACCUCGGUUGCAAGGGCAGAGUGUUCUUGACCAACCGAGCUACUAACCCUUUGUGCUUGUGUUUUUUGGUUAAUUUGGUUAGACAAGGUUUUUUGUGUCCUGCAAUUACAUUUCUAACUCUUAUGAUCUUCUACGUGUUUACUCAUCGCACACUGGGAACUUACUUGAAAGACCUAAUUGAGAAUGCGUUUCUAACUUUUGGAAUUUUGACUUGGAGAAAGACUUAGGCAACCAUUGAUGUGUGCACCGUGGGUCCGACGGUGGGGGCCCACAAACACAAAAAAGGGUUUGGAAAUUAGCUCCUUUUUUAUUUUCUAAGAUGAAGGGUGCUCUGCACUUACCUAAAUUUUGUUGACUUGAAUAGCAGGAAUGACCUGACGGUAGAGUUGGGGAGAGAAUGAUAAAGAAUGUCAAGAACAGGAAUCACCACUAACCAUGCCCUCCAAAUUCUAAUUAAGUUAUUAAAAAGUGUAUUAUUGUUUAAUCUUUGAUCUUUGGUCUGUUUCGAAUUUAAUAUCACAAUGCAUGUGCCAUUGUAACCGAGGUUCCUAGUGUUCCAUUGAUUUGCAUUUAGAAUUUUGAUUUAUACGCGUCUUUUGAUCCUGUCUGCUGAAUAUCUCUUCCAUAGCUUCUCCCUCUUCGUGUUCUUCACUCUGCAUUGCUUUCGCUUUUUCCCGCGUUUUCAAAUCUACUUUUGUUACACUUUCGAAAGAAAGCAAAUCGGAAACUCUUAAAAGUUGAAAGAGCAAAACUAAAAGAAACAUUCCCUCCUCUAUCAAUGGCCGUGGUCUAAGUGUUAAAGCAUAUUGCUUUUUUACCUUUCCUUCAACACUCUCAUCAUUGUCAUCAUUAGUAUCCCCGUAUCUUUAUUCCUUUUGGUUCUUUAAAUUUCUUUUUUUGGAUAGAAUCUCUUAGAUCUUCAUCACUCUAUCUAUCCCCUCUCCAUCAUUUGUGAUCUUUGUUUUGCAGAUGGAUGUGGUGAGACCGUCAUCUGUGACCCCGAAGAAGAGUAGAUUGGCACGUGCUAUUGCUAAAGUUCUUCAUCUUCGGGCUGCAACAGGUAUUGCCCCAGUCGAUGGGGUUCAGAAAGUCAAGUCCCAAGAAUUCAGAAUUCCAAAGGUUAAGUCCCAAGAAUUCGGAAUUCCAAAGGUUAAGUCCCAAGAAUUUGGAAUUCCGAAGGUUAAGUCCCAAGAAUUCAGAAUUCCGGAGGUUAAGUCCCAGGACUUCGGAGUUCAGAAGUUUAAGUCCCAGGAGUUCGGAAUUCAGAAGGUUAAGUCCCAGGAGUUCAGAGUUCAGAACGCAAAGUCCCAAGAAUUCAAAGUUCAGAAGGUUAAGUCCCAAGAAUUUGGAGAUCAUAAGGUAAACUACCAAGAAAAUGGAGUGCAGAAGGGGAAGUCUCAAGAAAUUGGAAUUCAGAAAGUCAAGUCCCAAGAAAAUGUAAAAAAUGACCGGAAUGGUGGUAAGGUUAUGGUUGGUCAGUCUGAGUCAUUUGACAAGAACAAUGAGGAGCUUCAGGAAAGAGUCGCCCUUGAGGCUCUUCUAGCGAAACUGUUUGCAAGCGUUUCAUCUGUUAAAGCUGCGUAUGCACAACUACAGUAUGCUCAGUCUCCCUAUGAUGGUGAAGGAAUCCAAGCUGCUGACAAAGAGGUAGUCUUCGAGUUGAAGAACUUGUCUGAGUUGAAGCGGUGUUUCUUAAAAAAGCAGUUUGAUCCUAAACCUGAGACUACACUGGUUUUGGCUGAGAUCGAGGAGCAGAAGAGCGUUCUAAAAACCUAUGAAAUCAUGGGGAAAAAGUUGGAAUCUCAGGUGAGGCUUAAGGACUCUGAAAUUGUGUUUCUUGGAGAAAAGUUAGAGGAGGCCAAGAAUCAGAAUAAGUUGCUUGAGAGAAGUUUAAACCAGAGUGGGCAGCUACAUGUGUUCGACAAUCUUCAGUUAUCUGGUUUAAGUCCUAACCAUUUCAUUGCAGUUCUCCGACACACAGUAAAGUCCAUUCGGAGCUAUGUUAGGAUGAUGAUGGAUGAUAUGAAAUCUACCGGUUGGGACAUUCAUGCAGCAGCUAAAGCGAUUGACCGCAAUGUGGUUUAUUGGAAAGAAGACCACAAGUGUUUUGCAUUCGAACACUUUGUUUGCAAGGAAAUGUUCGAUGCUUUCCAGCACCCCAACUUCUCACUCCCAAAUGAGUCCUUGCCAGAGAAAAAGAAACAACAGCAGCAGCUCUUUUUUGUGAGAUUUACGGAGCUCAAAUCAAUGAGGCCGAAGGAGUACCUUGCCCAGAAUCCCAGAUCAGCAUUUGCUAAGUUCUGCCGUGUCAAGUACUUACGACUGGUUCAUCCCAAGAUGGAAACAUCAUUUUUCGGCAAUCUGAAUCAAAGAAACCUCAUCAAUGCAGGUGAGUUUCCGAGCUCUAAUUUCUUUACUUCGUUUGCUGAAAUGGCGAAACGUGUCUGGCUACUGCAUUGCUUGGCCUUCUCCUUCGAUCCUGAAGCCGCAAUCUUCCAAGUAAGCAAGGGAUGCCGAUUUUCAGAAGUGUACAUGGAAAGCUUAGCUGACGAAGCGUUUCUCUCAACAACAUCUGAACCGCAGGUGGGAUUCACAGUUGUUCCGGGAUUCAGACUCGGUAAAACUGUCAUUCAGUGCCAAGUUUACCUCACUCGGUUGCAAUCCACUCCGGGAAAGCAGAGGUAAACCGUGAUUGAUCGUCGGCGAACCUCGGGCCCCACAACAGUUUACCAAACAGGAAAACGGCCUGUUUGGAUCUCGGGACGAUGUUGCGGGGUCCUUCCAACUUGGUCCCCUUUGGUAAUUUCAACCUCCAUACUUUGAAAAAGGGAAAGCGCGUUGGACCGUUGUGUUGGAAGCUACCUUUUGAAUCUUUCUUUUUUUUUUUUUUUGGUUUUUUUGCAUCAUGCCCUUCUAGUUUUUUAAAUUUUCUUCCAAGGACAUUCCAAAAUUUUGUUAAUAUUAGGUCGGUGACAGAGGGAUUGUCUAGCUGUUUUGCAUCAUUGUUAACCGGACAUGGGCAGGUUUUUUUAAUUAUGUAAAUAAUAAUAUAUAGUCGGAAAUUUUUAUGUUCCUUUUUCUUUUA